AUGGCGGUGAGUGAAGAGGUAGCUGAAAAUUUGUCCGCAUUGGACGCUAAAACCGUGGACGAGGGAACAGUUGUAGAGCUGUUAAGAAAAAGAUAUAACCGUGAUGAGGUUUAUGUAAGUGGAUUUAAUUUGCUUAGCCUCAGGUCUCUGAAAAUCGUAUGCAAUAUUUGUAAUUCGAUCGAAUGACCCUUUUUUUAAUAGAUAGACGUGAGUCAGGUAAAACGUUACUGACGUGCGAACUUGUCCUUUUGCAGAUGGCCAUCGGAGAUAUCUUGCUGUUGGUGAAUCCAUUUAAACCUCUACCAAUCUAUGAUCUUGAGGUAGACUCUAAGUACCUAUAUUGAUAUAUUGAUCGCUGUUUGGUGUUAAAUACUGUAGCUUUCAAUAAGUGAGGUUCAUAUCCGUUCAUACAGCUGAUUUGUUUGCGUUAUUUAUCAAUGCUCAUAAGAUGUAAUUAUGCUUACACCUAAGUAAGGUCAAAACAAAACACACACUACUUUGCAGACUAACAACAGAGAGGCAUCUACGAUCAAAACUAGGACAUUCUGGACUGUAAUUACGUUGAAUCGCCUCUAAUGCAAAAUAUGUGAAAUUGUUGGAAUGUUUCUGGGUUACGCUUGCUUGAUUUCUGCUCCAGUCAAAGCUGAGUUUCUUUACCGAUGGAACUCAUCGUCCCAAUGUUGAAACAGCUGUGAUUUGUAACUGCAUGAUCGGUAAUCGAUUUUCAGCAAGUGUGGGAAAGGUUGUUUUUUUGUCAUCGAGAUUUUUGUUAACUGGUGUUGAGAGUCCUUAAGGCCCCUGCCGACUUGCCACGACUUGCAUAAUUUAAAACCAUAAAUAAAAUAAUCGCUAACGCCACCUAUUGAUCAUUGGCUCUUGAAACAAAAGGGUUUUUUGUUUCAGUGGCUGGAAGGAACAUCUAAAUAAAGGGUUGUUUGUAAACAGAUAUCCCUAACAGACAUUUUGCUGAACAAAUCAAUGGUUACUGAAGCAUAUAAAAUAUCCAAAGAGGAGCUGAAAUAUUCCAGCGAUAACCUCAACGGAUUUGAUACCUUGAGACUCUAUCUCAACUUUAUCUGAUAGAGUCAGACUCUAUCUACACUCUUUUUUUUCUAUAAGAAUAUUUUUUGUAAGAAUAUCGAGGCUGGAAUUUGAGAAAUUUUAAAAACACUUUAAGAAUAAACCCCAGGCUGAGAUUUUGAAAAUGAUAUAAUUUGUGUGGUGAAAAUCUGUAAAUACAGUACAAUUAUAUGUUUUUAACUUAUUCCUUUCUUUAAGCAGCAAAACUAGCUAACAAAAGGGAAAAAACCGCACUAUCUAUAAUUGAUACCCCAGUAUAUUCUAAAACAGAAAUGUCAUAAGCUGCAAUUGAAGAAUAUAAUAAUACAAGAAUAUUUUCAGCCUGAAAUCUGCAGAAAAAUAUGAAUAUUCAGCCUGGGCCGGGAAAACAACAUUCUUAUAAAAAAAAAAGAGUAUAUCUGAUAGAGUCAGACUAAACAAUGGACUUAUGAUGACACACAGGAAAAAAUAACGGAUUCCCAUUUUUGGAUAUUUUUGGGUAUUUAAAGAAUACCCCUUAUGAAAUAAUAUUAUUUAUGGGUCUCUACAACUUCUGAUCCAAUUUCAACAUCUUGGAGUGUUUGUAAUUAUAGGGUUGGUGCUUAAUUCUCCUUGAAGUCCUUAAAAAGCACUGGAAUUUAAUUUUAGAUUUCAAGGGCACUUGAAAAGCCCUUGAAAAGGAGAAUUUUUGCUAAAAGUGCUUGAAAUGGAUGGGAAAUAAUGUAGGAUUGUAUUAAAGUAAUUCAGGGAUUGAGCACAGAUUUUAAAACUGGGGACAGAUUUUGCGAAACCUGUGCUGUUGCAGCUGCUUUGAAUACUCCUUGACAACUCAGUUUUUUAUAGUGCUUGAUAAUCCUUGAAUUUUAUGUCCAAAAACCAGCGCGGACUAUAUGUUGUAAUGAUGAGCCAAGAAGUCGCAUGUGCAGUAAUUCCUUCUUUCUGCGAAACAGUCAUUAUACAUCUAAUUCUUUAUCAGUAAACUGCAAAAUCUCUGAGGGGACAUGUUGCAAGUUUCAAAAAAGAAAACAGAUAAUAAAACAAUGCACACACAAAACACAGUCAAUAAGUCACCGCAGGUUUGCAAAUCAGCCAGAAAAGUAAAAAAGCAUUUGCAGAAGUUUGAGACUUUCAAUCAAAUCAAUAGCUAAACUGUGGUAACGCUGUCCAAUCGUAUGGGAUUUUAAAGCAAGGCCAUUAAUGGCCUGUUAAGGAUAACUUGCUUCCUCUGCAUAGCAAAGGAUAUAGAGCUGGCUAUUGCUUGCUGUUUGGUUUAUUUUACAAUAUUCUGAAAUUAAAAUAAACAUAAUGAUAGGAGGAUUAUCAGACUGAUGAGGUCAGGUAACUUUUUGUUUAUUCCAGGUCAUACAAGCUUAUCAGCACUCUAAACCAGGCAAGCGACUUUCACCCCAUGUGUACAGCAAGUGCAAAGAUAUCCUUAGAUCAAUGCGGCACUCUUCUAAAAGUCAGUGCUGUGUGUUAACGGGUGACAGUGCUUCUGGAAAGACUGAAAGCCUUAAGCAUAUCCUGCUUUACAUUACCAGUACUAGUAUACCCACUCAACCAAGCUUGAAAGCAAAGUUUCAGCAGGUAAAGCUUUCCAACUUAAAAUUUCUAAGAGUAUCUGAAUUCUUAUGUGCCACAUGGUCAAAGUUAAAGCAUUCGAAGAGAUAACAAAUGGAUAAUGUCUAACGCUUAUCCCCUUCAAAUGGAUAACCCUUAGUGUCCAUUUUGCCUUUCACAGUCACAAUUACUCCUCCUCAUCUUUAUACAUUAUCCUUGCUUUCUCAUCUUCAGUACCUAAUCUACCAACGUACCAAACUUUAAUUUUGCAAGACUUUCCAGGAUCGAUAAUAUUAUAUUCCAUGACCUUCCAGGCCUGGAAAAUGAAAUUAUUAAAUUCCAUGACUUUCCAGGUUUUCCAUGACCUGUACGAACCCUGUUGUAAUUCAGUAAACUCACAAUUGCAGACCAGUUCCUCUCACUUGGCAAAAAAAUAUGAGUUGAUUUUUAAAUGCCUUUUAUGCUAUGGUUUUGAAAAGUGAUACUACUGGUAUGUAUAAAGAGAAAAUUGAUCUGAAAACUCUGAAGCCAGUAUGUGAAAAAAAAAAAGUCCAUGUAAAUGAUGGGAAUGUACCUUCCCAAAAUCUCUAAAUACUUGAAAAAAAGGAAAUCAAAUGACUCAGGAGAUGAGAACAUUAAGAACUGAAUAUGGCUAUUUUAUUAUAAACAAAAAAAGGUAAGGUAAAAGCGCACAUGGGCCAAAGUCCCAAACUGCCGGGCCUUAUACCAGUUUCCGUAGCAUGAAUCAUGCAUAGGAGUAUUGCUACUCUUCCCUGGACAGGUUACUAGUCCAUCGCAUGGUUACCCCCCAGCAGAAUGUCGCCGGUACCCAUUUAUACACUUGGGUGAAGAGAGAAAGUGAAGUUAAGUUCCUUGUCUAUAAAUAAAGGAAACAAUGUGACCAGCGAGGCUUGAACCCUGGACCUCCAGAUCCAGAGUUCGAGGUGUUAAACGCUCAGCCAUUAACACGUCUCCACAUAUAUUAUACAUGCAUUGUUCUCUAAAUCUAAUCUUUAUUGUGCACUUCAUCUCAGGUUCAGUUUAUACUGGAAGCUUUUGGUAAUGCUGUAACUCCACAAAACCAUAACUCAAGUCGGUUUGCAUUGUACUAUGAACUCUUCUUUUCUCCGGAACACAAAUUAUCUGGAGGUAAUUAA